CUCAUACCUUCCGCGGCCAAACAGAGCAAAAACCCAACACACCACACUCUUGCAAUCAAUCAAUGGCGGAACCUUCCUCCUCGAAGCCCGCCGUCCCUCUCCUGAAGGACGAGCUGGACAUCGUGAUCCCGACGAUCCGCAACCUCGACUUCCUCGAGAUGUGGCGGCCCUUCUUCGAGCCCUAUCACCUCAUCAUCGUGCAGGACGGAGACCCCAAUAGGACCAUCAAAGUUCCCGAUGGGUUCGAUUACGAACUCUACAACCGCAACGACAUCAACAGGAUCUUGGGUCCCAAGGCCUCCUGCAUCUCGUUUAAGGAUUCUGCUUGUCGCUGCUUUGGGUACAUGGUGUCUAAGAAGAAGUACAUCUACACCAUCGACGACGACUGCUUCGUUGCUAAAGAUCCUUCUGGAAAGGACAUCAAUGCACUUGAGCAGCACAUUAAGAAUCUCCUAUGUCCAUCCACACCAUUUUUCUUCAACACCCUUUAUGAUCCUUACAGAGCUGGUGCUGAUUUUGUCCGUGGAUACCCUUUUAGUCUUCGUGAAGGUGCCCCAACUGCUGUUUCUCAUGGCCUGUGGCUUAACAUACCUGAUUAUGAUGCUCCAACACAGCUUGUCAAACCCCUCGAGAGGAACACCAGGUAUGUUGAUGCUGUUCUUACCAUUCCCAAAGGAACAUUGUUCCCCAUGUGUGGUAUGAAUCUGGCAUUCGAUCGUCAGCUGAUUGGACCUGCAAUGUAUUUUGGACUCAUGGGUGAUGGUCAACCUAUAGGACGAUACGAUGAUAUGUGGGCUGGAUGGUGUGUUAAGGUUAUCUGUGACCAUUUGGGCUUGGGAGUGAAGACUGGCCUUCCAUACAUCUGGCACAGCAAAGCAAGCAAUCCUUUUGUGAAUCUCAAAAAGGAGUACAAGGGCAUUUUCUGGCAAGAAGAGAUCAUUCCAUUCUUCCAAAGUGCCACCAUUCCAAAAGAAUGCACUUCUGUCCAAAAAUGCUACAUUGAACUCUCCAAGCAAGUCAAAGAGAAGCUUGGGGCUGUUGAUCCCUACUUCACCAAGCUUGCAGAUGCCAUGGUGACUUGGAUUGAAGCUUGGGAUGAGCUUAACAGCACCACAUCCGAAGAAGCUUCUUCCAAGUCAGCCAAUGGUGGUGCUGCUGCUACCAAGUGAACCUUUUAUGGUUGCGGACUUUAGUUUUCAAAUCAGAGUAAUUUUGUUAUCAUAUUUUUUUUAUAAUGCAAGAUUAUAGACCAAUUUAUUGAUUUUGAUAUCAUCAUUAUUACUAUUUAUAUUAUAAAUAUCAUUAAUGUAUUUCAGGAUAAUUUUUUUCGAUAUUGUGAAUUUGUGAUUGGAACCUUAGAAAUUUAAUUCUGCUUAGUGGAUGAGUUUUCCUGUUUAUACUAA